UGUUCUAUCACUUCCUCCUCACGAGAGAAACGCACGAAAUAGUCUCUCGUUGCACUCUCUCACUCUGCUCGCCAGCUUUGCUCAGCAACCGGAGAUGGAUCGCCGCAGCAAUCUCUUCCGAUCCUGCAAGCCUUACCUCGCCAUGAUCUCCCUCCAGUUCGGAUACGCCGGCAUGAACAUCAUCAGCAAGGUCUCCCUCAACCACGGCAUGAGCCACUACGUCCUCGUCGUCUACCGCCACGCCUUCGCCACCCUCUCCAUCGCCCCCUUCGCCCUCAUCUUCGAGAGGAACGUUCGACCCAAGAUCACGUUCCCCAUCUUCUUGCAGAUAUUCGUGCUCGGUCUCCUCGGGCCGGUGAUCGACCAGAACUUCUACUACGUCGGGCUCAGGCUCACCUCGCCGACCUUCUCCUGCGCCUUGAGCAACAUGCUGCCUGCGAUGACCUUCGUGCUCGCCGUCAUCUGCAGGAUGGAGAAGUUGCACAUGAGGAAGGUGAGAUGCCAGGCCAAGGUGGCGGGGACGCUUGUGACGGUAGCUGGAGCGAUGCUGAUGACGCUGUACAAGGGACCGAUCAUGGAGAUGGGAUGGGCGAAGCAUGCAGAUCCACACCAAGGCAACGUGCCGGCCGCCGCGGCCGAUGGCACCGACAAGGACUGGCUCAAAGGCUGCGUCUUCGUCAUCAUCGCCACUCUGGCUUGGGCUUCUCUCUUCAUCCUUCAGGCGGCAACCAUGAAGAAAUAUGAUGCUCCCCUCUCCCUCACCUCGCUUAUAUGCUUCAUGGGCACUCUGCAAGCCAUUGCUGUGACCUUGAUCAUGGAGCACAAGCCUUCCGUUUGGAGGAUAGGCUUCGACAUGAACCUUCUUGCUGCUGCUUAUGCCGGGAUCGUGACAUCAAGCAUUGCCUACUACGUCCAGAGUUUGGUGAUGCAGGACAGAGGGCCGGUGUUUGCCUCUGCCUUCAGCCCUCUAAUGAUGAUAAUUGUAGCAAUAAUGGGCUCCUUCAUCCUCGCUGAGAAUAUCUAUUUGGGAGGAGUGGUCGGAGCAGUCCUCAUAGUUGUCGGCCUCUACUCUGUUCUUUGGGGCAAGCACAAGGAUAACAAGGAGAAGAAGCCGGAAGCCAUGGAUAUACCACUAGCAGUGAAGGGGACAAUGAAGCUGGAUGAAGAUGAGCUGGAGACGAGUAAAGCCAACAACUCGGUAGCAGAGAACUCCGUGAAGACCGACAAGGAGGAGCCAUAGGCUGUUAGCUGCUAGUACUUGGAAGGAGGACUCAUGUCAUGUAACAGAGAGAGAGAGAGAGAGAGAGAGGGC